CCGGCCCGAGGCCCCGCCUUCCGUCCAGCGUGCGGCGUUACCCGCGCAGUGUCCGGGCAGGGCCGAGCGCUUCGGCUGGCCGCGUGGCGGCGGCGCCCCCGGCAGCGGCAGGCCAGGAAAAUAGCACAGAGGGUAAGGUGCUUGCCUUGCAUGCAGCCAGCCUGGUAUGAUUCCAGGCACCCCAUCUGGUCCUCAGAGCCCACAGGAGUGAUCCCUGAGCACAGAGCCAGCAUGCCCAUCCCAUUUUCAAAGAAGAAUUGCUUCCAGUUAUUUUGUAACCUAAAGAUCCCAGCUGCUGGCUUUAAAAAUGCAGUACAGAGUGGACUCAUUUUACAAUCAAUUUCCAAUAACGUUUACCAAAAUCUGGCUGUAGAAGACUGGAUACAUGACCAUAUGAAUCUAGAAGGCAAGCCAAUUCUUUUCUUGUGGAGAAAUUCUCCCUCUAUUGUCAUUGGUAGGCAUCAAAACCCUUGGCAGGAAUGUAACCUGAAUCUGAUGAGAGAAGAAGGUAUAAAACUGGCUCGGAGAAGAAGUGGUGGAGGAACUGUUUACCAUGAUAUGGGUAAUAUUAAUUUGACCUUUUUUACAACCAGAAAGAAGUAUGAUAGGAUGGAAAAUCUAAAAUUAAUUGUGAGAGCUCUGAAUGCUGUCCAACCCCAGCUGGAUGUCCAGGCUACCAAAAGAUUUGACAUUUUGCUUGAUGGACAGUUUAAGAUCUCAGGAACAGCUUCUAAAAUUGGCCGAACUACUGCUUACCAUCACUGCACUUUGUUAUGUAAUGCUGACAGAAUCCUCUUGUCAUCUUUGCUCAAGAGUCCUUCUCAGGGGAUUAAGAGCAAUGCCACUGCUAGCAUACCUUCCUUAGUGAAAAAUCUUUUAGAAAAAGAUCCCACUCUGACUUGUGAAAAACUGAUGGAGACCAUUGCUGCAGAGUAUGCUGCUUAUUAUCAAAUUGAUAAUCACAUUAAUCUGAUAAACCCAACAGAUGAGACCCUGUUUCCUGGAAUAAAGUCUAAAGCCAAAGAACUGCAAACCUGGGACUGGAUAUAUGGCAAAACUCCAAAGUUUAGUAUAAGCACUUCCUUUAACAUAUUAUAUGAACAGUCAUCCUUGGAAAUUAAAGUAUUUAUAGACAUAAAGAAUGGAAGAAUUGAAAUCUGUAAUAUUGAAAUGCCAAACCAUUGGCUGCCACUGGAAAUAUGUGCAAAAUUAAAUUCAAGUUUUAUUGGCAGAAAAUUUUGCCCAAUUGAAACUGCUGCACUAGCAAAUAGAGUAUGUCCAGAAGACAAUGAACUGCACAGUAAAUGGAAUCUUCUCUGUGAAAAAAUUAAGGGAAUAAUGUGAUUCCUAGAAAAUUCCUUCUACUAGUAGAUUCAAUGAGAAAAUAAAAAAUUUAAAUCUACAUUGUACGACUUUUAAAAUAAAAAGGGGCUAGUCUUUCAGUAAUACCAUUUGAAAUAGUCUAUCUCAUGUCCUUUCCUAUAUUGUCUGCUCACCUGUACUCCAGAAAACUGUCUCUGCAUUGCUCUUAAUACUUAGUAUGCACUUAAGAGUUUUGCUACUUACCUUGCUACCACCUUGGAGAUGUAUACAGUACUGGAUAUUCUGACCUCAAAAAGUUCUUUUUUCUUACCUUAGGAAUGAAACCCCAACUUUGUUACAUCUGAUACCCCAAGCUAUGAGUUUUCUCAUCCUUCCAUUCUCUCAGCAUAUUGAGACCACUGCAAUUUUCUAAAGCCAUUCUUCCCUAAUCUUUUCUUCAUCUCCUUUCAUACCCUAGUUCUAUUCUGACCUAUAACUUUAUUUCAACAAUUUUAUUUUUUUAAUUUAUUUUAUUUUUGAUUUUUGGGGUCACACCCAGCAAUGCUCAGAGGUUGCUCCUGGCAAUGCUCAAGGGACCAUACGGGAUGCCAGGACUUGAACCCAGGUCAGCUGCAUGCAAGGAAGAUGCCCUACCUGCUGUACUAUCACUCUGGCCCCUAUUCCAACAAUUUUAUUUCAACAAUUUAUUUUCUACUUAAGCCCUAACAUGCAGGCUGCCUUUUCCUUAAAGCUAAUACCACUAAUUGUACCGAGUUUCUGUCUUGUAUCUCCUGUGCAUAAAUGUGUACUAUCAGUUAUCUUGUAUUCUCUUUCAAUUUUUACUGCAUCUCUACCAUUGUUAAUCUCUACCAUGUUCAAAACUCACCAUCCCCAAAGCUCAUGUUCAAGGUUUUGUUCUUCUCCAGCUCUUCACUGCCAAACUUUUUCAAACAUCAGCCAUUCCCAGUUCCUACAAUUCUUUCACACAUUACUCAUUUCUAUAGUAUUUUAAGAAUUAGACUAAAACAUACAUGACCUAUUCCUAGGUACAGGUAGAAAAUUCAACUAAAAUAUUGAUUGGUGGGACUCAGCAGUAGCACAACUAAGCACAUGACCAGCGCAGAUUCCCCAAGCCCCUCUAAGAACCAUUCUGGAACCCAGAAUCAGGAAUAAGCCCUGAGCACUGCCUGGUGUGGUCCAAACACCCCUCCACCCAUCUUAAAAAAUUUGGGGGCCAGCGACAAAAGCUCAAAAGACUGGCACAUAUGUUUUGGAUGUGGGAGUCCCAGCCUCCAUCCCUAGCAUUGCAUGGUUCUCCGAGCACUGCUAUAAGUGGGCUCCAAUCAAUACCAAAUGAAGACUGAUUUUAUGAUCCAUUAAGAGGUCAACAUCUGGGGGCCAGGGUGUUAGU